UGUAAGCUGCUCAGAAGACAUUUGAAAUAGAUCUGGAUCAACGUGUCAGAACAUUUUAGGAGAGUGGGAAAGAUGACAGAAACAGUUGUCACUUGUGUCUUCCUGAGUAAAAGAGCAACAUUUUCUGACUGACCAGAUUUUUUUUUGGGGGGAAGAGAACAUUUUUGAGGGGUAUGCAUUGACCUGCUCCGACAUACCAUACGACGAUAACUAAGGGACACAAUUCAAAGAACCGUAACUCGCUGGCCCUUCAACCGCAGGCAGGCUGAUCGGUGGGUGCACAAAGUCUCGGGAGCCCCCGAUCUUCACAUGGACCGAAAUGAUCCGAAAGAUGUUUCAGUUUGGAGGACGCAUGGACAUGUACCCUACAUUUAGACUCACAAUUCCCAAGGUGCAGUGAACGCAACUUUAUGCUUCGCAGAGGAUGAUCGAGACAGGUGAAUGCUCAGGGUUGCAGUCGGCCAGUGGCAGCUGUUCGUGCGACGCAAGGGAUCAAGAGUUGGGGGAGCUGGAGGACAUGGAGCAAGAGAGGAUGGAGCGGCAGACAAGGAAGCAGGAGGUUUACCAUCAGUGGAACAACUACAACAACGUUCUGCUUUUCUGGCGAUGUCAGGAAGCGCGGCAAAGGAGUGCACAGCCUCCCACACCACAAGCAUCAACCGACGGCUUCCUUGUCGCCAAGAAUUCUGUCUCCAUCCUGCGCGUGAACAAAAAACGUGGUAUCUUUACCAAGUCAUCAGCACAUUCUCCAUGGAACCCUACAGAAACUAGAAGCCAACUAUCUGAUCCUUGCAAGUAUACCUUUACCAAGUCAUCAGCACAUUCUCCAUGGAACCCCACAGAACUUAGAAGCCAACUAUCUGAUCCUUGCAAGUAUACCUUUACCAAGUCAUCAGCACAUUAUCCAUGGAACCCCACAGAAACUAGAAGCGAACUAUCUGAUCAUCGCCCCGAAACUGGUCAACACGAAGAUACCAGUUCUUUUUUUGAGGCCCUAGAAUCUUCGGGCGACCACCUGAUGCCCGAUGAGAAAGAAGGCGGCCUGUUGACAGCAAAGCAGUCCUGGUUUCUACGACUUCGACCGCUGUGGUUGUUGAUGGCGCUGGCUUGCAUCGUCUAUGUCAUGGUCUCUGCCGUCAAUGUGUAUCUAGCCCCACCAUCGUCGAAACCGGAAGAGCUUCCGUUACCGAUUUUGACAAAUCGCAACAAGGAAGAUAAUUUGAAAGAAGAGCUUGGGAAGCCAUCGGAAUCUGAAAAGCAUUGUGACUGGGACUGUUUUUGCUCUUUGUGGAACUAACCUCAAACAUUUCAACUGUAUUAGGUUGGUGACGAGACAGAAUUGUGAAGAAUCUUUUAAAAUGUAGUUUAGCGGAACAUUUCUAUUAAAAGCUGCGUCACUUCCCAGGAUGCAUCGGAACAUUGCGUCAUUCUGCUUUCUUUAGCAGCGAUGGGCAACGGGAUGCACCCCCGACUGCAGCUGCAAGUCGCAUAUUUUUUCUACAAAGGACUAACUAAUGUCCACCCUGUCUGGGUUUGCACGGCAUGACAGUGUUGUCUUUAUUUAUGUCUGUAUUUAUCUGACACAGUGUUACGCGGGUCAGAGAGAAUAAAGGUGUGUUAUUCCUCUGGUGCUAGACAAUAUUUUUUCGCAACUGCACAAAUCUUCGUCAACGUUAUUAAAACUUUAACUAAC